CCCACAGCACCACCCGCGUCCCUAAAAUAUUCAGUUAAGCACAAAUAAAUAAUAAAACACAAUAAUGUGAUGCAACCCAGGAGCCCAGCAAAUCCCUGCCUAAAUACACGGGUCAUAGACGUGUCCAAGGCUAUGACAGCCCCUUCUGACUCCUCUCAAGCCUCGUCUGGGUGCUGUCCGAAGAAACCUGCUGGAUUCAAGGGGGAGAAGGCAGAUAAUGGCACUGGCUGGAGCAUCUGGCGGGAGAUGGGGAGAAAGAAAGUUCCCAGGAAUCUUCGGGUGGAGAGAUCUCUUAAGGGACGAGACUGGCAAAGGAUUUCUCUAACUCUCCAGCCCCCAAUGCGGCUGAAAUGAAGGCGAUGGAUUGGGGGGGGGGGGCUGGUACCCGGGAGGUAUUUUGCUUUGUUUGGCGGAGUCUUCCAAACUGGACUCGGGGGGCUUUGAUUCCCCAGCGGGGUCCCCUUUUCGGCUCGUGAUCUCGGGGCGGCAGCAGCAGCCCAAGUUUGGAUCUGGGUGCGCGGGAGGCGCACGCACUUCCAUUCUGCUCUGGACCAGGAACCCGCUUCCAGCUCGUCUUGUGCAGUGAAGCCGAGGCUGCCACCCCCCCCAGCCACCCCCCGUCCCCUCCCUUGCUUGGAAGAAGCGACCGUCCUCCUUUCCGCCCAUUCUUCCUCCUGCGACCCGCUCCCUGGCCGGAGGUUUCCAGCUCCGGUGCGCCCUCGAAGCGCAGGACAGGGCUGCCUGGGGAAACCUGCGCACCUGCCGCCCAGCCAGGACACCCUGAAAAGAGCAGAGGAAUUUGUUGCACAUCUUGCUUGCUGCCACUGGAUAUACUUGAUCUUGAGUUUCUUGGGACUGCGACGCGGUAAAUUGCACUGCCCAGACAAUGUGGUGGAACGAAGGCUUACAAUGCGCCGUGGAAACGGGAUUCAAUUACUCUAACCAGUGCGAAAACAUCCUGGAACAACAGCAGAAGACCGCGCAGGACCUCUGUACUAUAACAAUUACAUCCUCUGACAGCAGUUGCAAGAACUCCCCCUUUUCAGCAGCCAUCUUGGGCAUCACAUGGGUCUUCCUUACUAGUGGAGUCCUGCUCAGUUUCUUCUUUCUCAUCUUCACAAUUCACUUCAGAAAGAACAGGAUUGUGAAAAUGUCCAGUCCUAACCUGAACAUAGUGACCCUGCUGGGCAGUGGCUUGACCUACAGUAGCGCUUACCUCUUUGGAGUUGAAAGGAAUAAUUCAUUGACCAGGCCAUCCCUGGAGAUGCUGGUUCAGGUGAGAAUCAGCUUGUUGUGCAUUGGGGUCUCUCUGGCUUUUGGCCCCAUUCUAGGGAAAAGUUGGCGGCUGUAUAAGGUGUUCAGUCGGCAAGUUCCAGACAAGAGAGUGAUUAUCAAAGAUUUCCAGCUGCUAGUGCUGGUGUCUGUGUUAGUGCUGGCGGACAUUAUCCUGCUCUUGAUAUGGAUGUUCGUGGAUCCAGUCCAGUGUCUCCAAAGUCUCCAUGCAGAUCUGAAGGUGACAGAGAGAGGUUUGACUUGCACAGUGAGCCAAGGCUACUUCUGCACAUCAACGUACUCUGAUCUUUGGCUUCUUCUCUUUCUGGGAUUUAAGGGCAUCCUCUUGAUCUAUGGGGCUUACCUUGCUGGCCUGACAGACAAUCUCAGCUGUUCACCUGUCAAUCAGUCCCUGACCCUCAUCAUUGGAAUAGCCAUUAUUUUCCUCUCAACGGGUGCUAUGCUUGUGGUGAAUCGUUUUUUCCACUUGUGGCACAACCUGGUCUUUGGAUUUACCUCAGGGGGAAUCUUUGUCUGCACAUCUACAAUCAAUUGUUUAAUCUUUAUUCCACAGCAGGUCAGAAAAUGGAAGGCUUUUGAGAAACAGAAAGAUGACGUCAACAAUAUGGCCAAGUAUUUUAGCAGCUCAAGCAAGAACUUCCACUCCACCAUGUACAGUGAUGAAGAGAUCUACCAGCUGCUGGGGGAAAAGGAUUCCAUGAUGAAGCAGCUGGUAGAGAAAGAUACAGCAAUUGCAACUCUUCAAGAGCAAGUGAAUAAUGCUAAGAAGAAGCUGAUGAGACUUGUGACUGCGGAGGAAAAAUACAAUGCGAUUGACUCUCCGUUUCCUUCUUCUUACUCUGCAGCCAGUUGUUCUUAUGCAGCAGUUGAAAACCCAAUGAGUUCUCCUUUUUCACCUGGUCAGGGGCUAAACUCAAGGCAGCUCUCCCCAUUCACAGUGCAAACCAGGAUUGCUUAGCAAAAAAGAUUCCACUGAUGAUCUGGAACGCACAAAUCAACACCAGCAGAAAAUACUGCCAGAAAUUGCUGUUGGGUACAGACCUCUGAAUGGAUGCAAGAAUGUCGCUGGUCAUUCAAGUGACCAAGAUCAAUGGUUCACCCAAUAUACCACCAC